AGAACAUGCUAUCUUUACUGUUGCAGAGCUCAUCAGUGGUUCAUCAUAAUGCCUGCUUGUAGACAACUUCUGGGUUUGGUCUUGGCCACCGUCGGCUUUCUGGGGAGCAUCAUAACCUGUGUUUUCCCUGCAUGGAAAGUCACAGAAUUCAUUGGUAUCGACAUCAUUACUGCUCAGACGUUCUGGGAGGGCCUUUGGAUGAACUGUGUGACCCAGACUACAGGCCAGAUGCAGUGUAAAGUCUACGAUUCUCUGCUGUACAUUCCUCACGACCUGCAGGCUGCCAGAGCGCUCACUGUCAUCUCCAUUGUCUUCGGGUUCUUGGGAAUGCUGCUUGGUACUGUUGGAGGCAAAUGCACCAACUGUGUGCGGAAUGAAAGGCAAAAGAGCAAAGUGACUCUAGCUUCUGGAAUCAUCUUCAUCACUGGAGGCAUCUUUGUGCUCAUACCAGUCUGCUGGGUUGCCAACACAAUCAUUAGUGAUUUUAAGAAUCCUAUCCUAACCAGUGUUCAGAAGAGGGAGCUGGGCAUGUCGCUCUACAUCGGCUGGGCUUCUGCAGGACUGCUCUUGCUGGGAGGAGGCCUCCUCUGCUCCUCCUGUCCCCUCAAGGAUGAGACUGAAUGUGAGGUUAAGUACUCCAAGGCUCACUCCAAGGCCUCUGUUUCCAAGGCCUAGCUAUACAGCAGUGUACGUGUCUGCUUCAUGAACGUUUCACCUACUGUUUGUGCCUUACAUGAGCAGAAUAACAAUAUGUUAAAAAUGAUUAAAAUAAUUAAAA